CGCCUGUUUAUGGAUUGUCCUGUAUCCUCAGCGCGCCACGCUCUGACCUGUCCUGCAGAAAUCGACCAUUCUCAGGUGUACACAGCAUCUCUUGGAGUCCAGCCAUGCUCUCCCUUUCAACUCCGCCCCCUCUCUACCUGAGUCUCCUCCUCUCUCUGUUGUACCACUCCCCCGUUCUCUCCUGUCAGCCUGGGAACCGCAUCCAGUGCGAGUCCGCUCCCUUUGUACCAGGUUACAACCUGGUGGGGGAGGGUUUUGAUGUGGUCACCCUGCAGCGAAAAGGAGCCUACUUGGUCGACGUGAACACUUUCCUCACCCCAAAUGGCACCUGUACUCUCUGCUCCAAUCCUCUCCAAGGCAACGAGCUGCAGAGACUGCCAGUCUCUGCAGUGGACUGGCGUGCAUUCACCCAAUGCAAUACCAAUAUCCACAGCAGUGUACACACCUCGGUCAGCUCAAUGAUUGAUACUUACAUGUCCCAGGACAGUCAUGACUGGAAGGUUGGUCUAAAUUUGAAUAAGUUUGUAUCAGCCAACCUGGAGGUGGGAGGAACACGCUCCGCUGCUUAUAACUUUGCUACAGCCAAGGCCAGAGAGGACCGCUACACCUUCAGCACUCACAGGGUCGCCUGUAAGCAUUAUGGUUACCGCGUGUCGAACAGACCGCCCCUCAGCUCUGAGUUCAUCGAGGAUUUGGCCAGGCUGCCAAGGUUGUACAACUCUGCCACAAGGGAUCAGUACGAGGAGCUUAUACAUACCUAUGGCACACACUUCAUCCGCAAGGUCCGCCUUGGGGGGCGACUCAGGCGAGUCACUGCUACACGUACCUGUUUGUCCACACUGAAUGGGUUCUCCUUAAAAGAGAUGCACUCCUGUCUAUCCCUGGGGGUCUCUGUAGGCCUGGGGGUGGCUGGACUUUCCUUAGGCCAACAAUCGUGCACCAGAUUCCUACAGAACCAAGGCAAAACCGUCAUGCAUGACUCUGGCCUCCACCAGCACUUCACUGAGGUGGUGGGAGGCACUAGCUGGAUGGGGGAGUUUUCACUCACUCAUGAAGACUCCUCCAGCUACAAAAACUGGCUGGAGGCGCUCAAGAAUCUCCCUGCUAUUGUUGAGUACACCAUCAGGCCAAUGUAUAAGCUGGUGCCAAGUUGGACAAAGAAGACAGGUAUGAAGGCUGCCAUAGAGCAGUACUUAAAAGACAACGCCGUGAGGACCUCACCCAGUGAACCAACAUGUGGGUGGUACAGUUCUAACCUGGCUCACAACUGCUGUCCUAAACAGUCCUCCAGGGGGAAUCUAGUCGUGACCAUUGUUCGAGCGUGGAAUCUGCAAGGAGAUCCAGUUGGCGUGACUGACGGCUAUGUUAAGAUGUGGUACGGUUCCAUCUACCGCAGGACUCAUGUGAUCGAGACAAACUCCCCCUGGUGGAACGCUCGUUACGAUCUGGGCAUGGUGGACACACACUUAGAGUUGAAGUUUGAGGUCUGGGACGAGGACGUGUUCUAUGACGACCGUCUGAUAUCAUGUGAUGUGCACGUGCGCCAGGGGACACACGAAUACACCUGCUCAAAUUCAUUGGGCAAAUUUGAGUUCAAGUUUACUCUGACCUGUGACCGUCAUCUGACUGGAGACAGGUGUAACCAUUACAAACCAUCUCCACAGUGAGAAAAGCAUUUUGGGGCCACAUUAUUCACAAAAACUGCUCACUUUUCUUUGAUCAGGUAAAAUAUCAUUUUCUGUUGAUGACUUGCUUUAAGUGCAUUGAACCAGUAACAAACAGUGUGCCAGACACACAUUUAUUUUUCUACUCUUUUACAUCCUUUUAAGGUUCAAUCAGGUAUUUUUACCAUUUAAAUUACACAUAAAUUCAAUCAUCAUUUUGAAAUCGAUCAUAUUUUCCAUGAAAUGUUUUAUACAUACUGUUGCAGGUCAUAGGAAGCCUAAAAAAUACCGUUUGUUUCUCUGUUUACGUAUUUAAGGAAACCUUUCCAGUUCCUUAAUCCUUGACAUGCUUUGGUUGUGGGACUUGUCUCUUAAAAGGACAGCAAGCUAUCGAUUCGGGCCUAUUUGAAAACUCUAUUUGUCUGGAAAAGAAAACUGAAUUAUCUGCCGCCUUCUUCAAUAUCGCCUCUUAAGAAAUCUUCAUUGUCUUGAAGUCAUUCAGUAAUUCAUCCGGUGCAGUGCGGAUGAUUUAAUAUAUCAGCUGUAUUAAAUCCAAUUCUGUUUCCUCUGUUCUAUAUACAAUAGUGUCAUGUCAAAUGUAUACC